CUAAAUAUUUUCUAAAUUCGUAUUAAUUAUCUUAAACAAUUAAAAAGGGUUAUGACUUCAAAAAGAAACCGAGUUCCAGAAGAAAAAGCAAAGCGAAAAAAUCCGCUUCCAUUAAAGGUACCCACAAGCACUUCCCUUUAAGACAAACCAUAACAACCCAACAGCUGACAUGAGAAAGAUGGCGGCUGCGGACACGGACUCCGUCGCUGGAGCCGGAGAGCAAAUCAAAGCGAUUUUACGCCGCUGCCGGGGUCGACCCAGGCUUACGGACGCGGAUCGAGCUCAGCGGCGGCUGGAGUCCCGGAAGAAGUACGACGUGCGACGGGUUUAUCUCGGCGAAGCGCAUCAGGUCUGGAGCGAGCUGCGCCGACGCACGAGCCUGAGCGACGCGGGGCUCGCGGAGUACUUAAUCCUGCUCAAUUCCGCGUACGGGGAGAAAUACCAGCAGAAACACGCCAAGAGGAAAGAUGUUCCCGAAAUGUGUAGCAGUCAUAGGAAAGGGAAAAAAGUUUCUGCUACCAGCUUGCAGAACCUGGUGAACUGGUAUCAAGAGCACUUCCAGUCCUGCCCGCAUGAACUUGAGCUGCGGGCGGUGGAGCCUACAGUGGGUUUAUCUACGUCUGUGCUUUGGCAGUGUGUUGCUGGUCAUUCAUUUGUGCAAUACCUGCCGUGGGCUGCUGGAAUCGAGUCGGAAUCAGAAGUAGAGGACAACGACAAAGAGAAAGAUGAAAUUCUUCCUGAGAAGGAUGAUGUCACUGACAUAACCAAUGACCAGCGGGGAACUCCGCAAAAUCAGGAGCUGUUAGAAGUUAAUGAUUUGCCAAGCGACACUGAACAGUCGUCCCAGGUGGGCCAUGAGACGACAUGCACGACCCUGAGUCAGCUCCCAGGAGCCCCUGCGGCCAACAGAAGCCCCCCGGCCUCCGAGUGCUGUCUGGGAAACCCGGCCGUCUGGGAGAUGGAGGUGCUCACGGACCGGGAGGCUCAGGCUGCCCUCGCCGAGUCCGCUGACAAAGACUCGGGUCGGGUUGUAGAAAAGGAGAUCGACUCUGUCAUGGAGCAGGCGGACGGUCCGAGGACUUUGGGAAACCCGGAGGGAGGUGGGGACUUGGCUAAAAGUUACGAGUGCGUGGUCGUCGCGGGGCCUUUGGUGGACAGUCGAGCGAGGGAGGAUGAAGACUGUAGUGCGGGGGAAGACGUAGGGGAGGGUGAAGACGUGACAGGCACGCCGCUGGAGGUCGCCCCAGCACAGGACGAGCUGUACGGGACGGUGAUGCAGACGGUGAUGAGCGGCUGUGAGCUGCCGGAUCAGCGUCCCACACUGGGCGGAUCUCAGUUGAUCAUAAUUACGGGUCCCAGUUACGAGGCCUUGACGUCUGAAGGCAUUCAUCUGAACGUUGCCGCUGGAGACGUGGAGGAGGUCACGUGUACCGUCAUCGGGGACGUGCCGUAUAAUCAGAUCCAAUCAGGAGCAACCUCAUGUCCCAACACCAUCACAGAUAUGGUUGAGAAGCAGUUGUUGGAACCCAGUGAAGAAACGCACUGUGCUAAUGAGCUCGAGAGAUCUCUGAGCAGGUCUAAGAGAAGUCGAAGGGGUCCUGUCAUCGAAGCAGACGGCAUGUUGAAGAUGUUUCACUGUCCGUAUGAAGGCUGCAGUCAGGUGUACGUGGCCAUUAGCAGUUUCCAGAAUCACGUGAACCUGGUGCACAGAAAGGGUCGGACCAAAGUCUGCCCUCAUCCAGGCUGUGGGAAAAAGUUUUACCUGUCCAACCAUCUUCACCGUCACAUGAUUAUACACUCGGGCGUGCGAGACUUCAUCUGCGAGACAUGCGGCAAGUCAUUCAAACGCAAGAAUCAUUUAGAGGUUCACAGACGAACACACACAGGAGAGACGCCAUUACAAUGUGAGAUCUGUGGGUAUCAGUGUCGACAGCGAGCGUCUUUGAACUGGCACAUGAGAAAACACACUUCUGAAACUCAUUUCAACUACACGUGCGAGCACUGCGGCAAACGCUUCGAGAAACUCGACAGCGUCAAAUUCCACAAACUCAAGAGCCAUCCAGACAAACAGACAAGCUGAAGACAUCUUUAGAUGUGCAGUGAGGCUAAACUGCCUACGAAGUGUUUUCUUUAGCAGUAAUAGCAUUUGAUCACUUUCAACAUCGUCUUAAAAUGGCGUCCUGAUGACCUGAAGAAAUGGAGAUGCAUGAGCAAUCAAAAAAAACUGAAUGAAUGGACAUGAGAGAUAUUCUUAAGGUGUUUACUGUGCUGGACACAUAAACAAGAAACAGAAUUCCUGUUGUAAAUAUAUGAAAAUGAUGCAAACAUUUUAUUUGUUUAUUUUAUUUUUAAAUUAUACAGUUUGAAGUAGCGUGUUAGAUAUGCGGUGAGGUCCAAAUUAUACCACAUCCCCCAAAACAUGCUGAAAUUUGACAAUGAACAGUUUUGAGAUUCAGAAGUUCAUUAGGGUGUAAAAUAAGUAGCAUUUGUCUGUUAUUUCGUAUGAAUUUCUACUAUUUUAAUCGUACAGAAAUGUUUGAUUGUUGGAAUAAAGAGAAGAAUGAAGCCGAAUAAAGCAGAAAGUAUUAAAACGAAAUUCAUACGAAGUAUGCACUGCGUAAAAAGGAGCAACAUUUACACAUUUUUAAUGUUUGAAACAUUUUACAUGAUGAAUGCAUACAUUUAUGUCAAUGAAUGUUAACAUGCUUAUAAUCCAUAUUAUCCAAAAUUCAUAGAAAUAUUUAUAGUGGAUAAAAUAGAGAAACAAUUCAAGUUUAAUAUUCCAACCGCAAGUUAAUUUCCUAAACAAUGUGAUAUGUACUCCAACAUUUGUUUCAGUUCAUUUUAUUUUUAGGUUCGGCAAAGCCUGUUCUCAUGGGAGAGAUCCCAUGUGGUGCUCAUGGGAUCUCUCUGUUUUGAUCUGUUCAUUUACAGUAAUCUCGCGUGUGAAACCUGAGGCAUGUACCGUGUUCUUCACACCUCCAUGAGAUGUAAUCUUAAACUUUCAAUAGCCCGUCUCAUGAAUUCAAUAAACAUCACCUUUAUAAUGUU